CUCACCGAUGGCCCACUUCAACCGCAAACACAGUCUCGAAAGACUGGAUUACUAUUAUCAGGUUAUCAAUGCCACUGUCUUGUCCAAACAGAGCGCUGCCAGUGGUUUGAUCCCUGCGUCAGUUGCAAUCACCAAUCACGGUGAUUACACGGAUGCUUGGGUUCGUGAUAAUGUGUAUUCUAUCUACUGUGUCUAUGGUCUCGCAUUGGCUUAUCGACGAUUAGAUGACAGCAGUGGAAGAACAUUCGAGCUUGAACAUAGUGUCGUCAAGCUUAUGCGCGGUCUUUUAUUCUCAAUGAUGCGUCAAGCAGACAAGGUCGAAAAAUUCAAAAAGACUCAAGAUAAGCUCGAUUCCCUGCAUGCAAAGUACAAGACAGAGACAGGUGCAACUGUUGUCAAGGAUAACGAAUGGGGACAUCUUCAGAUCGAUGCUACUAGUAUCUUUGUACUUGCUAUGGCAGACAUGACUACUGGUGGUUUGAACAUUAUCUUUACUCAAGAUGAAGUAGACUUUGUUCAGAACCUUGUAUUCUACAUCGAACGUGCCUAUCGAACACCUGACUUUGGUAUCUGGGAGCGAGGUAACAAAAGUAACCACGGACAGCCUGAGUUAAACACCUCUUCUAUCGGCAUGGCCGUGGCUGCUUUGCGUGCAAUCAAUGGUGUGAAUCUUUUCGGAGCUAGAGGCGGGCCUUCCUCGACAAUUUAUGUGUUGCCGGAUGAACUUACCCGAAAUGCAACAACACUCCAGAGUGUUCUGCCAAGAGAGUCUAACUCCAAGGAAAUCGAUGGCUCCGUUUUAUCGGUAAUUGGUUUCCCCGCAUUCGCUUGUACAGACCCAGAGCUCGUCAAGCGUACCAGAGAAGAUGCAAAGAUGAAGCUGGAGGGAAAGUAUGGAUGGAAGAGAUUUUUGCGGGACGGUCAUCAAACUGUGGUAGAAGACACAUCCCGUCUCCACUACAACGACAACGAACUUAAGGCUUUUGAAGACAUCGAGUCAGAGUGGCCACUAUUCUUUACCUACAUGGUUCUUGACGGUCUUUUCACUGGGGACAUGGAACAGGUUGAAGAGUACCGUAAGAAGCUUGAGCCGACCAUCAUCGAUUCCGCCCACUGGGAUCCCAACAACAAAAUAUUCAAUGAGGAUAGAGAACCGUGCGCCGAUGGAGACACCGGAAAGUUGCACAUUCCCCUUUUGCCAGAAUUGUACUAUGUACCAUGCGAGUUGAUCGAAGCCGAAAAAGCCAAUCCUCACUCCCAGAAGCGGCUCCCCAAUGACAAUACCCCUCUUGUGUGGGCUCUUUCGCUCUACUUGUUGGGUAGUCUUAUUUAUGAAAACCUUUUGUCGCCCUCUGAAAUGGAUCCUCUCGGUCGUCGAUUCAAUAUCAAUGCCCAGAAGCGUGAGACAAUCACACAGAUCGUACUAUUGUCUGAGAGUCCAGAGUUGCAGAACAAGUUGGCCAUGUAUGGUCUCGAAACCCAGUCCGUUGACCAAAUCUCGUCCAGUAUCACUGUAUUGCCACCAAAGGCUCUUGCCGACGUAUACCACGCACUUGGACAGAACUCCAAGCUAGGAUUGACUGGUAGACCCAAGCGUCCGGUUGGUGUGCUUGGUACCUCACGACUGUACCGCAUUGAAGGCCACAUCUAUGUCUUUACCCCUCAUUUUAUGGACAGCGAGACUUUCUACCUCAACUCCGACCCCGACUUCUUGAUUUCAGCCUUUGAGAAUGAGCUUGCGUUCUGUAGCGACAAUUGGUUGUAUGCAGGCCGUCCCACUAUUGUCGUUGUAUUAUCUGAGGCUAUGCUCGGCAACCUGCAAUCAAGUAGCAUGGCUACGCCUGGAGGUAGUGGAUUUGACUCUUCGCGAAAGAAUCUUUUGAAUUUCUUUAUGAACCUACGCUCCGGUGACUGCAAUGGUACGCGUGUACGUCUCUCGCGUCUUUCAGAGACAAUCAACACUUCCAAUAUCGAGUCACUAGACUUUUUGAUUGACAAGCCUGAGUUGGACUGGGAAAGUAUUCUGUUGGUUAACAAGUCGGCCCAUUAUGGCUCAUCCUCCCACCGCAAGUUGGGCUACAACGAGAGCAAGACACAGGCCAGCACACCUGGUGGCUUUACGCCCGGCAACAAAACUCCCAAGCGACGCAACACCGCCUUCCAAGGAAAGUCACUGGGCACUCCCUUGGACAAGUUACACGACGAAGGCUAUUUCCAGGACAUUGCCACUGCUCUUUCGAACCUCAACUCAAGCGAACCAAAGUUCAGACUCAAAGAUCACGAAGACAGCCCUCUUUUGUCAGCCACGCGCAAGGGUGCAGUUGCAGAUGGAGCAGUAUUGUCAAAGCUUCCUGAAACCGGAGGAACUGUUCACCUCGGAGGCCAGGAGGAAAUUCAUGAACGUAGCCAGUCUCCACUUUCCACCGAUGUGUCUCCCACGACCACAGAGAUGCUUUCAUUGACGCUUGGCGACCGUUCUCAGUUUGGCCAAGCCGUAGCCAGUUUGGCAUCAUCCGUUAAUCUUUACGAUCAGAUCGAUUUACUCCAAUACAUGGCUUCUUGUGAUCAUUUGGAUAGCUACAUCAGUGAAUUACAGGCUAGUCUCAAGGAGCUCUUGGAAGAAGUCUACCUCAAGGCUGUCAGACUCCAGUAUUGGUCUAUUGCGCGUCAGGCCACUGGUCUCUUGCACAAGAUUGUACCAGCUCUAACAAUCAAUAUCACUGAUUUAGUAAUCAGACAAAAACAAAUCAGUAUUGGAUCCGGACACAAAGAAAUUUUGAUUACUACUCCUGUGGGUCCCGAGACACUCGCAAAGAUGUUUGUCGAACAAUGUAGUGAUGAUGUACGUGAAGGUCCAGUAGUCCAGGAAAUCAUCAUUUAUCUCGGUAGUUUUGUUCGCACCACACCUUACAUGUUUGAUGGUAUUCUUCGUCUCCGUACCCAUUACAUUAUUAUCGCUCUGCGUGAAGAGAUCAGCCGAAUGAAUAACUGCGAUGAAGAAGAAGCAAUCGAACACUUGAUGCAGCUCUCUCCAUACGAGCUCCAGUCCCUUCUUGGCACCAUCCUUUCAGGUCCCACUCUUUGUGACAGUGGUAGCAGUAUAAUGAUUCGCGACAAGCCCGGAGGAUUCUUGAUGCUUUCGCGCUUCACUGAUCACUGGCGCCGUUCCAGCCUUGGUAGCGAGCACCAAUCCUUUAUUCCUAUCCUCCCUCCCCCCUCUGACGGCCACGCCGACCGUACUCAGCUCAUUAUCCGUGCCCAGUCUGGUGGCUAUAUGGCUGGCAACUUUGCUCGAGUGGAGAUCAAUGGCAACACCAUGUUUGCAAAUUCCCGUGGUAUCCAUGUAUGGGCCAUUGACAGACCACAGAAGAUCAUUCUUGAACAUGCUUCCUUUGACACUCACAUCUCGAGCGAAGAAAGUGACGCAUUUGCCAAGUUUAUUGGCUGGUUGAAGCCGGGCAUGAUUGUUGUUAUUGCUUCUCGCGAUGAUUUCUCGGAGCACCUGACAUCGGAUGCAAUCAAGGCACUAGAGAAUCUGGGAAGCAAGCGUAUCCGGGAUGUAAAGUACCGCGAUUCGUAUGUGUUUAUUGGUGAGAAGGGAGGUCCGGUUGAAAAGAUCACCGAAGCCCACAAGGCUGCCCACGAAGGUCCUACUGAUACUAUUGAGCUCAGCGUAAAAUUGGAUGAAAAGCCUGAGAGAGACCAAGAAGUAACUCAAGAUAACAUCAUUAGCUUCUUCCCUAACGCGAGUGGGCGCUGGUUGCGUCGUCGCAAAAACGACGGUGCUCUCAACCGUGUUCCAGCUCACUUCUUCCCUCAGACCUGGAAAGUACUCGACCGUUCGCGCGGUAUCCAGAUCUUCAGUCACUGUUUGCCCAGAGACCCCACUGUUCUAGAGAUGACACCCGAAGAGUACAACUUUGCUCUGGCCGUAGAAGGAUUCCUGGGUUGGUUUACCGACCCUGCUGAAAGACAGAUUGCAGUCGAAGUAUUGGCACUCAUCUACCGCUUCCAGACAUCCAACCCCAAGACACGGACUGCAGACACAGUUAUGGAUAUUCCUGUGAUAAUGAAGAAGGCCAGAGAGAUCUUUUGGUACAAGUGGGUGGAGAGCAAUAAGGCCCAGUUUGAGAAGAGCAAACUGUUUAGUAAAGGAUUCGAUUAUGAAGAGCACAAGGAUCUUGUCCGUAGAUUGUUUUAUGAUUUGCCUAUUGAGGGCACUGAGAGCACUUCAGCUUAUCUUCGCAAGGCCAUUGUCAGUGUACUUCCUUUUGAAACUGACAAUAUCGAUAACCAAAACUCAGAGAAAUGUUCUUAAAGUUGUACAUUAAAUUACAUUACUUUUCUUCCUUUUUUCCCCUUUAUGCUUUCUAACAAAAAAAAGAGCAUGAUAUCUUUCUCUCUCUCUCUUUCCAUUCAUCAUUAAAUAAAACAAACCAACAUACAUACAAUACAUAUAUAUAUAAAUAUAAAUAUACUUUGAUUUCAAUAUAAGC